AUGAUUGCUCUCUCUGGCUCACUCGCACUGCUAGGAAUAGGCUUUGCGGUGCUUUUCUGGUUGACACAGGUUAUAUAUAUUUCACUCACCUCACCACUGAAAGACGUGCCGGGCCCAUGGAUUAGUCGCUACACUAAUCUAAAGCUGAAGUUCGCUGUCACCGGAGGACGCCGUAUCUUCUACAUCGACGAUUUACACAAGAAACAUGGCCCCAUUGUCAGGAUCUCGCCCACAGAGAUCGCCAUCUCAGACCCUGCUGCUUUCAAGCAGAUCCAUGCAGUCUCUUCCAAAUUUGCCAAGGACAUCUGGUAUGAGAAGUUGACGAACUUCCCUCGUCUGAGUGUCUUUACCAUGCGCAACCCUCGUGAACAUGGUCAACGCAGGAAGCUCUUUGCUCGUGGCUUUAGUAAGACUUAUCUUAGAGAACACUGGGAGCCUACUGUGCGUCAGAAGACUUUGCUCGCUGUGGAGAAAAUCAAAGUCGACGCUCAGACUGGUGUUGCUGAUCUUCUCAAGUGGUGGACCUUCAUGGCUACAGACAUUGUUGGUGUCCUUGGCUUCGGCGAGUCGUUUGGUAUGCUUGAGCUUGGGAAGAAAACCGAAUACAUCCGUGUUCUCGAAGCAGCUCUCAUCGGCAACGGCAUCGGCGCCGAGAUGCCAUGGCUUCGUGCCAUCGGAAGUCGCAUCCCCUUCAAACCAUUAAAAGAAGCCUUCAACUCGAGCGCGUAUAUCCUCGGCUACGGCACAAAAGCCGUCGAGAAUGCACGCAAAGGCGGUCAAGACUCCAAUCUCAUGGCGACCAUCAUGGCCGAAGCCGAAAAAGGCGAAACCUGCGUCGACGAUAUGGACGUCCGCACGGAGUCCACCAGUCUCAUCUUCGCCGGCUCAGGCACAACUGCCAAUACCAUGACAUUUCUCUCAUGGGCAGUCAUAUCACGACCACAACUUCGUUUGACUCUGGAAGAGGAAGUCGCAAAACUUGGCGAAAACUUUACUGAUGCAGACUUGGAACAACUGCCUCUCCUCAACGCCGUCAUAAACGAAACAUUACGUCUCUACUGCGCAGUCCCUGGUAGUCUUCCUCGCGUGGUACCCGAAAGUGGGGCGACGUUGAAUGGCUACUUUAUCCCCCAGGGCACCACAGUGAGCACUCAAGCCUACACCCUCCACCGUGACGAAAACCUCUGGCCAAAUGCCCUGACCUACGAUCCCACUCGCUGGCUCAACGGCAAAGAACAAUCUCCAGCUGCAAAAAGCACAUUCUGCGCUUUCGGCGCGGGAGCAUACAGUUGUCUAGGCAUUAACCUCGCAUGGAUGGAAUUAAGAUAUGCGACUGCGUUUUUGUUCCGUGAGUGUAGAGGUAUGCGUGUUUCUCCGGGUAUGGCGAAGGGUUGUAUGGACUUGGAGAAUUACUUUGUUAUUGUGCCCAAGGGGCACAAGUGUGAGGUCACACUUCGUGGCGAGGACUAG